CGCCACUUUUCACAUUCUUUCAUCUCCCAUCACCAUAACACUCUCAACACCACCACCGAGAAAAUCUCCGAUCGUUAAAACACUAAGAUGGCGGCGUGGACAGCUGCGGCGCGCCAAGCCACAACCCUCUCUCGACUCUCCGUUAACACAAAGAGCCAAGGCGCCCUCCUUAUCCAGCGGCGCGGUCUAGCCGGCGGUGGUGACCAUCAUGGUCCUCCAAAGGUGAACUUCUGGCAGGAUCCAAUGAGCCCAUCUAAAUGGAAAGAAGAGCAUUUUGUGAUCGUCUCUCUUACUGGUUGGGGUUUGGCCUUCUAUGGAGGUUAUAAGCUCUUCACAGGAGGAAAGAAAGAGAAGAAGGAAGAGGUACAAGAGAAGAAGGAAGAGAAAUGAACACGCUGACGUCAGUCGGGUUGUCUCUAUUCACCUGCAAUAAAGUAGUGUAGUUGCUAGGGCUUAGUGGCCUUGUUCAAGCCAAUAUGAGGAUAUGUAAUUUGUCGUUACCUAUCCAUUCCAUUCUUGCUUUGAACUUCGAGUUGUACAUGAAAUGUCGAUGGAACAAUCAACUUUGAGUUCUCUUCUUUUCGUG